ACGCUGGCCGCGCUUUGCCAACUGGGAUAUGGCAUAUGACGGUAGCUGAAAGAAAUAACGCAGCAUCCUUGCUUCAUUUAACAACUGCCAGGCCAUUUACACACAUGGGUGCCACAUUAAAAUGUUUCUACUGUAAAAAAUAUUGUUCUGAAUUAACAGAUUUACUCGAGCACAUCUUAACACAUUCAGUAGAAGACAAAGAUGUGAUCUUGAAUAAGUAUAUUAUGAACGGAAAGCGUAUGGUUUUGGUAGAUAUAUCGAUAUUAAAAUGUAGACUCUGUUUGAAGAAAUAUCCCGAUAUUAAUACUAUAAAACGACAUUUAGAAAAUGAUCAUAAUAAAACAUUUCUUGUUGGUGAGAAUGGUUUGACUGAAUACAACUUGUCAAUUAAAAAUGGACUUUUAACCUGCCAUAUUUGUAUGAAUACCUACCACGAGUUUGUUCAACUAAAAAGUCAUAUGAACUCCCACACGGGGAGGGUAGUUUGCGAAUCUUGUGGCGUUAGUUUUAUAAACCAGUAUUAUCUAUCAAGCCAUAUGGAAAAGCAUAUAAAUAAAAAGCUAUCGUGUAAAUCGUGCGAUAAAGUCUUUUCUAAAUACGGUCAGUUGAAGUACCAUACGUCAAUAGUCCACAAAGGAGGGGGUAAAAGAAGAACAUGCGAGCAUUGUUCUGAUAAAUUUAAAGAACACCAUACGAAGAUGUUGCAUUUAAAAAUUGUUCAUGGCAUAGUAAAAUCAUUUUCUUGUAGUAUUUGUAACGCUAACUUUGACACCCGACGAGCGUUAACUGAACACAAAACUAAAUAUCACACAGAGAAGUAUAAGUGUGAAAUAUGCUCUAAGUGCUUUGAAAUAGCGUCCAAAUUGAAAUAUCACAAGCGUGUGCAUACCGGUAGCAAGGAAUUUGUUUGUGCAUAUUGCAAUAAUGGGUACAUGUUAAAAGCGUCUCUAAUAAAACAUAUGAAACGACUCCAUAGUUUUUACUAUUCUGUACCAAAGAUUAUAUAACAAUGAGAAGGGAACUUAAGUAAAAAUUAACCAAGGAGAAGAAAAUAAACUCUUUAAAAGUGUGACUGGUUAGCUACCAAAUUAAUUUAAUUGAUC